GACAAAUAAUAUGUCAGCAGUUAUCCCAUACUGACCUGUGAUGGGAAGACUUUUACCAAGAAAUUGUACUUUAAAUUUUACAUUUAGAUUUCUUGCAUGCUCUGUUUUGAUGUCAGCUGCAGUUUAAACGGGGUUUACCUUCACUGCAACAAUUAAAGUUGACCAAUAGUCUCUCUUCCAUCGCCACAAAGAUUUAAAAAUAUAUCUCUUGAGUUGCUCCAAGCCAAAAUAAGCACUUUCUUAUCUUGCAGAGAGGAUCUACAAAUGCCAAUACCUCUGCAUAGCUUCUUUUGGAGUAAACAAAGAGGGCGUGUUAUAAUCUGUCCAUAAGUAUACGUGGCUGAAUAUGUGCAUCGGUCAGUCAGAAAGAAACUCAGUCAGCACAGCAGGUCCCAGUGGAUCAUGUCGAUCAUGAAGAAGUUGUUGCUCGUUUUAUCCGUGGUGCCCAUGGCGUUGAGUUACCCUUUCUUUCCACCAACGUGCUACUCCAAGGCUCUCAGGAUGGCGCGAGAGAUCACCCAGAUGGAAGCAGAUUUGAAGAUAGGCUAUGACACUGGCCACUGUAUGGCACACAUGCCAGACCUUUAUCUUGAUAUCCAUAAUGCUUGUGUGAUGUACAAAAUGAGGGCCUACAUCUCCCUGCUGGAAGACCUCAGACGGCGGCGCUGUGCUUACACCAGAGACGUGAGGAAACUGGAAGUCACUCUCCGGCAGCUCUUCAUCAUCAUGGGAGAGAAAUGCCAUGGGGACCUGGUAUUUACAAUCUAUGACUGUGCUGCACUGGAGCGUCCAUACAAUCGCUACUAAAAUUCUUGCUGGUCCAAACAGAGUUGGAAGACGUGGAAAAGAC